AGCAACACAGUGACCGAGGGGUCAGGGGGAUCUGCAACUCUGAGGUCCAUCAUCUAAAAUCAGAAUGGAAGCUCGUGGCAAAAAAACGGACUCAUGUGGGGUAAUUUGUCUGAAAUAUGUACUCUUCCUCUUCAAUAUUUUAUUUUGGCUUGCAGGAGGGGCCGUGCUGGCAGUGGGAGCGUGGACUCUGGUGGCAAAGAGCGACUACAUCAGUUUGUUAAACUCCAACUUCUACUCAGCCUCUGCGUACAUCCUGAUGAUCGCUGGAGUCGUCGUGAUCGCGACCGGGAUAAUUGGAUGCUGUGCCACUCUGAAGGAGAUGAGAAGUCUUCUGAUCGUGUAUUUGGUUUUGUUGCUGUGUAUUUUCCUACUGGAAAUCAUUGCUGGAGUCCUGGCUUACGUUAACUACCAGGAGCUGGAUGAGGAGCAGAAUCUAAAGGAAACUAUGCAGCAGAAAUACCAUCAGCCAGGAGAGGAGAGCAUCACGCAGGCUGUUGACAAGCUACACCAGGAAUUUAAAUGCUGUGGAAGUCACAACUACUCAGACUGGAAAGACAGUGUAUGGAUCCAGAAACCAGAGAAUAAGCGGCUUGUUCCUGAUAGCUGCUGUAAAACUCCCAGUGAGCUCUGCGGCCGCAGGGACCAUCCAUCCAACAUCUACAAAGUGGAGGGAGGAUGCAUCAUGAAAUUAGAGCACUUCAUCCAGAGUCAGUUAUAUAUUCUUGGUGUGGUGGGUGUUGGGAUUGCAUUUCUACAGCUCGUGGGGAUGAUGUUCACUUGCUGCCUUUAUCGAAACCUGAAAGAAGAUCCAUACUGAUUUUGAAGCAUCUUUAAAAUCAAGUUGUUAACUUUAAAACUUUUUAUUGGAUGUUUCUAUGACACUUACCCACAAUGAUGCUGUACAGAUGACUCCAAAUAUGACAGAAUAAAAUAACAAAACACUAAAGAGACCAUAACGCUGCAGGACAGCACUAAUCUUAUCUUCACAGAGAAUUCCACUCAUGUUUCAUUUUAUAACAAAGAGACGACAGGUGAGCACUUCUAACCAAGAACACCUGCAAAAA